UGGGCGUGGCCGUGCACUGCGGUACCCUGCUUAUUGUGUCUCAUCUGCACAGGACCCGCUCAUCAUUCUCUCUUUUCCGCUGUUUUAAAGCGCACCAGCUGGGCUGAUAACCAUAGUGACAACUAAACGCUGCUCGCGGCCCACACAAGGAACCUAAGUAUGUAUUCAGUUGGAGGAGUGUCGUCGCGUAUUUACAAGGAACGCCUGCAGGCAGAAGGGAUGGGGACCAAUGACAAUGCGGUCAAGUUCCUGAACCAGGACUACGAGGAGCUGAAGAGAGAGUGUCUGGAGAGUGGGAGGCUGUUUGAGGACACCUGCUUCCCAGCUGUGCCUCAGUCACUGGGCUUCAAGGAGCUCGCGCCACACUCCUCCAAAACACACGGUGUGCAGUGGAUAAGGCCCACUGAGCUGUCAAACAACCCUGAGUUCAUAGUGGGCGGAGCCACACGUACAGAUAUUUGCCAGGGGGCCCUAGGUGACUGUUGGUUGUUAGCUGCCAUCGCAUCCCUGACUUUAAACGACAGGCUGCUUCACAGAGUUGUUCCUCAUGGACAAAGCUUUACGGACGAGUAUGCCGGCAUCUUCCAUUUCCAGUUCUGGCAGUUUGGCGAGUGGGUGGACGUUGUGAUCGAUGACCGUUUGCCUGUGAAGGAUAAAGAGCUGAUGUUUGUUCACUCAGCAGAGGGAAAUGAGUUUUGGAGUGCCUUGCUGGAAAAAGCCUAUGCCAAGCUGAAUGGCUCAUAUGAAGCUCUGUCAGGAGGGUCCACCACUGAAGGUUUUGAGGACUUCACGGGUGGAGUGGCCGAGAUGUACGAGCUGCGUACAGCUCCCAAAGACUUGCCCCGCGUCAUUGCCAAAGCCUUGGAGAGAGGCUCACUGUUGGGCUGCUCUAUUGAUAUCACCAGUGCCUUUGAUAUGGAGGCUGUAACCUUUAAGAAGCUGGUGAAGGGGCAUGCGUAUUCUGUCACGGGUCUCAGAGAGGUGAAUUUCCGUGGCAGCAGAGAGAAGCUGAUCCGCAUCCGAAACCCUUGGGGGCAAGUUGAAUGGACAGGGGCUUGGAGUGACAAUUCUUCUGAGUGGAAUGGGAUUGAUCCAGCAGAGAGAGAGGAAAUGAACAACCACAUGGAGGAUGGCGAGUUCUGGAUGUCAUUUCAGGAGUUCAAACGUCAGUUUUCUCGUCUGGAGAUCUGUAACCUCACACCAGACGCUCUGAGUGAAGAUUCUCUAAAUUUCUGGAACACGAUUAAAUUUAACGGCACCUGGAGGAGAGGAAGUACAGCAGGGGGCUGCAGGAACCACCCCAAUACAUUCUGGAUAAACCCUCAAUAUAAGAUCACGCUGCUGGAGGAAGAUGAUGAUCCUGAGGAUGAUGAGGUGGCCUGCAGCUUCCUGGUGGCCUUGAUGCAGAAGGACAGGCGACGUUACCGCAAGCAAGGGCAGGACAUGCACACCAUUGGCUUCGCUUUAUAUGAGGUCCCAGAAGAGUUUCGUGGUUCCCAGAGCGUUCACCUCAAGAAGGAAUUUUUCUUGCGUCAGUCAUCCCGCGCUCGCUCAGAAUCCUUCAUUAACCUGCGGGAAGUCAGCACACGACUGAAGCUGCCACCUGGCGAGUAUCUCAUAGUCCCUUCCACUUUUGAGCCGGGAAAAGAGGCCGAUUUUGUCCUGCGAGUCUUCACUGAGAAACAGUCAGAAACUCAAGAAAUGGAUGAUGAGAUUUCAUUUAACCUGGAAGAUGAAGAGGAGGUUUCAGAGGAGGCCAUGGAAGACUCUUUUAAAAAACUGUUUGCGCAGCUGUCUGGAGAGGACAUGGAGAUUUCAGUUCAUGAGCUCAGGACCAUUCUGAACCGAGUGGUUGGCAAACACAGGGACUUGAAGACAGAUGGGUUCAGUUUGGAGUCGUGUAGGUGCAUGGUCAGCCUGAUGGAUAAAGAUUGCAGUGCACGGCUGGGAAUUGAGGAGUUCCAGAUUCUAUGGAAUAAAAUCAGGAAGUGGCUGGGCAUUUUUAGACAGUUUGAUCUGGAUAAAUCUGGCACAAUGAGCUCAUAUGAAAUGCGCCUCGCCGUGGAGUCAGCUGGUUUUAAACUCAAUAACAAGCUACAUCAAAUAAUUGUGGCACGAUAUUCUGAUGGAGAUACGAUUGACUUCGACAAUUUUGUCUGUUGCCUGGUCAAACUGGAGGCCAUGUUCAGGACUUUUAGAGAGCUGGACAAAGAGGGCUCAGGCGUCGCAGAGCUCAAUGUUAGUGAGUGGCUGUACCUGACCAUGUGUGGUUGAUGUGUGAAGAUCAUAUCGUUCUGAACUAGAAGGGCCAUCUUUUAGCUUUAAGCCAUUACACCCAAAGAUGCCUGAGCAAUACAGUACAUACGGCCUUAAAACACAUCCAAACUAACCAUCACAUGAUCCUAUGGCACUAUAUGCUUUUUGAUAAAAAAAUGGAUAUCCUCGUUAUGCAAGAUGCGUUUAUCAAUUAUGAACCACUAAAUGUUAACAGAAAAAUAUAUUGCAGCAUUUCAGAGAGCAACUUAACAUAGCUUUAUGCAUGCCAUAACAAGUGCAUGCCACUAACCUCAUGCUGUAGGUUAUUUUACUGUACCUCACAUAUGUAGCUUAACUUAGCAUUUGAAGUUUGCACCGUUAAGGCCUUGAUAUUUAAAGAUAGGUCAUUUUUAUUUGAUCCUGUCAGUGUAUGAUUUUGAUAGCAUUUAUGAUCUCUGUGAUGUGCUGUGCAAUUAUUUAUAUAAAAAAUAACAUAAGUUCUUAUAGGAUAAUCAGGGAAUUGUGCUACACUA